AUGUUUAAUAGUCCAUAUCACAACACCUGGGAUUGCCUACGACGGGUUUGUCGGAAUGAAGGCGUCAGAAUCCUAUAUCGCGCCUACUUCACCCAGCUCUCCACCAACAUACCCUUCCAAUGCAUCCAUUUUAUGGCAUACGAGUUUCUCCAGGAGAAAUUGAAUCCCUCAAAGCAGUAUCUACCAUGGACGCACAUCGUCUCGGGUGGCUUAGCCGGCUCUAUUGCUGCAGCCUUUACCACUCCCAUGGAUGUAUGUAAGACUGUCCUCAACACACAGACCUACGGCGGGGGCAUCUCCAGUGGAGCGGGUGGUACACCUAACGAGAUGAUUGUCCCACCAGCCACCAAUUCGGUCAUCAGAGGUCUUCUCGGAGCAUGUAGGGCGGUGGUGCGAUCUCAGGGCGUGCAUGGUCUGUUUCUGGGCAUGAAUGCGCGUAUCGUGGCCACUCUGCCAGGAACAGCCAUUUCUUGGUCCGUCUAUGAGUACUUCAAGUGGACGCUCUCUAAGUACUCCGUCGAUUCUUCGGUGCCCCCCUCAGCUUCUUCUGUUGUGUUUAUGGAAAUGGCAGAGGAUGAUUCUCAAUCAUUGUCUUGA